UUUGCGCGGCAUGAUGAACGUAAAGAACGAUAUGCAAUUCAAUACAAUACGAAUAAUUAAUUAAUUAUCACGAAUUUUUGUUGGUUUGUUUCGUUUCGAGAGUUUGAUAUCCGACUGUCGAGUGUUAGAACAAGUAGAAGUUUAUGUUGAGUAUAACUUAAUUUUCAUUAGUUUUCAGUCAGUCUGACAUUGAUUUUCCUGUGCAAACAAGAGUAUGCUUGCCCUAGCCUAUCCUUGUUUAGGAAUCGUAAGGACUUUCUGAAAUUGGAGCUACAGAAAUUAAAUAGCCUAGGCUAUUACUUUUGUGUUGAAAAUUUUAAACCAUGAGUGUGCAACCUCCCAGAUACACAAGUACUCCUCGUGCUGGUCGAGACACCGCCAACGCUCUACAAAACUUCAAUGAUGUCUCUCCAAUAUUCUCUACGGAAAUUGUGAGAAAAGUGAAAUCAUCAAUCCCGAUUUUGUCAUAUAAUAGGUCAAAUGGACCGGUUAGCUCCAGUGGUGCAAAGUCCCAAGUAUCAACAUCUAGUAACACUAGCACUGGACGGCCGAGAUCAUGUCCAAGUACAGCAUCAGGCAAGAAAACAUUUGAGAUCAAGACUCAAGCAAAAGUUCCUACGAAAAGCGUUAUUCCAGCUAAGCCACAAACACCUAAAGGGCCGAGCAUGGAAUCUAGAAACAGUGUUGAUAAAGUAAUUGAGAGCGUUAUUGGACAUCAGCCUCAAAGAGAAAGCACUCCUCCCAAGGAUUUAAAUUCUCAAGUUUCUACAAAAAGCAUAAUUCAAGCUAAGCCACAAACACCUAAAGGACCGAGCAUGGAAUCUAGAAACAGUGUUGAUAAAGUUCCUACAAAAAGCGUUUUUCAAGCUAAGCCACAAACACCUAAAGGGCCGAGCAUGGAAUCUAGAAACAGUGUUGAUGAAGAGUUGUGCCAAGUUGUACCAAGUUCCUCAAGCGUCAAACGCUCUUCAGUCUCAACCAGUUUGAAUGAUUCCCGAACAAAGACCAGUAGAGUGUCUAAGAUCUCCCAAAGGCCAUCUACUUUACCAGUUGUACCGGAGGAAACUGCUGUGCAAGGCACUUCACAAGUUCCCGGAGAAGACAUUUUUAAACAUUCUAAAGCUCAGAGUGGCUGGCUAAUCCCGAAAGAAACGCAAAGCCGAAUAUCUCUCAAAAGGAAAUCUAGCGUUCCAGUGACGAUCACUAAAAGAACCAAGAAAACCAAAACCAAUCAAGAAGAGGACGAUGCAAGUUUAUUUGACAGUCCAGAACUUCCUAACCUUUUGGAAACUUCAUCACUGGUAAACAGAAGGAAGACACAUGUCCUAAAAAAGAAACCUGUAACCCCUGAAAUUCUAGAAGAGCACCGAGAAAGUUUAACCUAUGGUAUUAUUUCGUUGGAUGAUCUAAAUGUAAUAAAAAACACCGCAUCUGAUACUGUUGAAAAAGGAUUAGAGGUCAAAUCACAAAAAACUGCACCUAAAACCUCACAGAAAAAACCUUCUAGAAACCAAUUAGAAGAGGAACUUGAUGUAGCAACAAACUCAAGAGGGAAAUUAUCUAACAAUGUUGCAGGAGAAAGUAAACUUGUCGAAACAAAGGAGCUAUCCCAAGGCAAGAAUGUAACAGGCGUAGACAGUAAGAAAAGUGAGGUUGAAAUCAAUACUUCAAAGAGUGAUGGCCAAAAAAAGGUGAAAACAGUAAAGAAAACUGUUAAGAGAUCCAACCGUGACUUGAAUGUUGAAUCUUUGGAAAAUAUCACUAGACCCAAGAGAACAUUGCGUGAAAGAAAGCCCAAUAUCAUUUAUGAAGAUAAUUCUGUUAUUGCUCAAGGAGAAAAAGAAAAUAUGCGAGGUAAGAAAAGAGAACCAACAAUAAAGUCCAGUCAAGAAGUUACAGAAGCAAAACCUGUAGCAAGUUCUGUCAUUAAGCCUUCUGCAAAGAAUAAGCAAAAGAAGAACAAUAUAGGCAAAGAAAACACACCACAAACUGGUACCAAAACAUACGAUAGUGAAGUCAGUUUUGAACUUGAAGAAGAACAUGAUGAAAAGGAUGUUUUGAAAACGUAUAAUAAUGCUGAUGCUCAAAAAGAAAACCCCAAGAUAAAGGGUCGUAAAAAAACUGUGGGGAACACAAAAACUGCCAAAACUAAAAAUAAAUUAGCCUCUAAAACUUUAGAUGAAAAUAAUUCAGAAGCGGGUGCAAAAGAAAAAGAAAUUUCGAACCAGAGCGGUAUUACACAGGGAGUGACAGCUGUGAAGUCUACGACUACAUCUGUUAAAAGGAAAACUCAAUCUAAAAAACAAACCUCACUUGCAAAUGAUCUGAACCAAAGAAAUGAAGAAAUUGAAGCUGCACAUGUUUUGAUUGAUGUUGAAAACAGAGAGUUUAUUUUGCAUGGCGAAAGCUCGUCCAAUAUUGCUUUUACUAACAAAGUGAAAACAUCUCUACCUUCUGAAAAGAAACGUGUACAAACAUCGGUCUCCAAAAAACAUUCUGCCGCAGUUACUGGUGAAGAUUUGAAUUCAGCUAGCAGCCCAUCAAAGAGUGAUGUGGGCAAGCAACAAAGUGAAUACGAAGUUGAAACUAGUCCUAAAACUGUCGAAAGAAAGAAAAAUUCUCAACACCAGUCAAAAGUAAAACCAAAGAGCGGAAGUGUUUCUGAACGUGCUGAUGAUAAAACCAACAAGCUGGUCCUUGAAACACAGUCCUGUGUUUCUUCCUCCACUGGGGCGAAACGAAACACCGAAGAUACAGGGUCUGGCGAUUCUCAUUCAGGUCAGCUAUUGUCAUCUAAAAGACGAAAAAAACAAGAAGAGAAUCUCAAUAACUUGCACCCAAAAUACAGUAAGUUUGACAUAAAUAAUUUGUUUGGGAAUCAAAAACCGACAGCACAAGAGUUGACAGAGGGAGUCACAGCGUUGAGACACAUUCACAUCGCUGACUUCUUGAUGAUGGGAGUGGUCACAUUGGAACCUGGAGCAGUCCUUCGCAAGAUAUCCACCAACACGGCAUACACCGUGGUGGAUGGAUGCGCAUGUGUGACCAUCAACAAAGUCACCAAAUAUUUUGAAGCAAAGGAUGUAAAUAGAAGAUUCUUCAUCCCUAGAAAUAUUGAUGUUUCCAUCACCAACGAGAAGGAAGUUCCUUUGAAAAUGGAUUUCGUAAAGUUUAAGGGAGAGCCUUAUUAGUUGUCUUUUUUUGUAUUCUGUAAAAUAUUGUAAGUAGUGUUAGUAUGUUGUAGUGUAAAGCUAUUAAAAUCGUAUUAAAAUGAAAAA